AUGAGUGGAAGGGGAAAGCGCAAGUCGAGAGCCAAGGCGAAGAGUCGCUCAGUCAGAGCUGGUCUGCAGUUUCCAGUCAGUCGUGUUCAUCGGCAGCUUCGCAAAGGACACUACGCUAAGCGCAUAGGUGCUGGAGCGCCAGUGUACAUGGCUGCUGUGCUGGAAUAUUUGACAGCCGAAAUACUAGAGUUGGCUGGAAACGCUGCCCGGGACAACAAGAAGAUUCGGAUCAUCCCCCGUCACCUGCAGCUUGCCGUGCGCAACGAUGAGGAGCUAAACAGGCUUCUGGCCUGUGUCACCAUCGCUCAGGGCGGAGUGUUACCCAAUAUCCAAGCCGUGUUGCUGCCAAAGAAGACUGGAAAGGCAACCAGGGCCAAGUAA